AUGGUUCGUCCAAGGCCCGUUGUCCAAGACCUUCUUGCCGAUCUCCCAACUGACGCCGAAGCCGCACCAACGCAAUCUAUGCUCCCACCCAAACCAAUGAGAGUUAAAAAGGCUCAGCCUAAGGCCAAGGUUACAGAUGCCGAGGCUGAGGAUGCUCUGCCGAUUUCGAAGCUUGCUGAAAGCAAAAAAUCAGCCUCUACUUCAACCAAGAGGUCUGCUGAGGGCCAACCCUCAGGGUCUACACAAACAAAGAGGCCAAGAUCAUCAUCUGCGACGACUACGGCUUCAAAGAAGCCCGACGUCCCCUGGGCCCCUGAUCUAUCCCUAGAGGAUAGGCCCAUUAUGGCUAGUGAGAGUGCUGACGACAUUAAUGUUGCUGUCGCCCUUAGUACUGCUCUCCUUCUACCAAAUGACUUGGAGCGAAAUGCCAAGCUUAGCGAGUAUGAAAAUUAUGCUCUUAUGCUUCAACACUCUGCUCAAGCUAUCCAGCAUGCCCAUUCAUUUUCAAUGCAAUCCUUUGAAAGUCGCCAAAGAUUGGUUGAUAUGAAGAGGGAAGCAACUUCAAUGAAGAGAGAAAUAAGGGCCCUUGAAGCAAAAAUGAAAAAACUGGAGGAUCAGGCCGAGGCUGCAACGAAAGUUCAAACUUUAGCUCUUGAGAAGGCCGAGGCUGCUGAAGCUGUUAAAAAAGUAGCUGAAGCCGAGAAAAGAGAGGCUGAGGCUAGGAAGGCUCAAGCGGAGAAAGAACUCCAGCAGCUUGAUCUCCCUGUUGACUCGCCCCUUCGGAAUGCUGAUGCCAUCCCCUUGCCAUUUCCCCCACCUCCACCUGAAGGCGAACCAGAAUCUGAUGCUGAGGAUGAAGAUAAGGAGGUCAAUGAAGAAGCCUUGGAAGUGCCCAGGGAGUCUGUUCAAGGGUAUCUAUCAUCUGACCUCCUUCUGACUGAAAGAAGUCUUGACACAACAUUGGCAGAGAUAGACGCUGAAAUACAAGCGGAGAAAGUGGCCGAGGAGAUUCCACCUGAGUCGUCCGAGGUCCCCGUUCCUGUAGUGGCCAAUACUGAAGAAUCUUGA